GAAAGAAGAAAGCCAGCGCUUUGUGUCCCCUCCAAGAUCCGUACGGCCGCCAUUUUCGUGUCCAAGACGGCCGCUGUGGACGGCGAGCAACUGGCCCUCCCGGCACUUGAAAAAUCUGGGGAGUCGAUGUGCAGGCGCCUCGCUGGCCAAUUGUGAAGACCGCCAAAUAUUCGAUGAAUACUGGACAAUGGCAUGGCAGAUGAGCCAAUGACAGCUGCCUUCUUGCAGUCAAGAUCCUCCAAGAAGCCAUAUCUGCAAGGUACACUUUCCUCUUUUGUUAUUGAGGGUGUGUGGGUUUGACAUUUCUCCGCUCUCUUGCAGAGAGCUGUCGGAUUCCAUCCUUUUGUGCCACCCUCCGUCAGACGGCUCUGACAUACCCCCUUGCCAUCCCUUUCUCUCUCUCCCUGCGUGGUGUUUUGGAAUCGCGGAGCUGCCACCCCAGCAUCCCUACCACCAAGCACCUCCUGCUCCGUCCUCCUGCCGCUCAGCUCGCCGUGCCCUCAUCCUGGUCUUCCUGGCCCCAGGAUGCUUGGCGGCAACGUCCCAUGUCUUCUUUUUCUUCGCUGGAGACUCGCCAGGGCUCGAAACUGCUUGGCUUGCUGGGGUGUGAGAAACGUCGGCUUGGCGGUAUCGUCGGAUCGCCGUCGCAGCAUCCACCCUCACCAGCCAUUAUGCCUCUUAUAAUGCCCGCCCGCGAUUCUUUUACCCCUCUGCUCCCUUCUUCUUAGACCAUGUCCCCUUCUUGCGGCCUGUGGUGAUUUGUGUGUCGUUUUACUUUCUUUCCUUCAUUCGUUCCUUUCUCGCCCCUUGUGGGUUGUACAUUCUCCGUCGACACUAGCUGUCGUUUACCAUUCCUUAACGACUUUUCAACUUUUCUGACGGUCUGGUACCAUCUGCGCUUACGAUUUCCUUCCUCCUCUCGACGGUCCGCCGAUCUACAUAUCUCUCUCUCGUUGUUAGAAAGUUCUCGACUCUCAAACGCCAUCAUGUUGAUGAAGAACGCGGUAGCGGCCCUGAUGGGUCUGGCCAUGGUUGCCGAGGCGGCAUCAGUUCACCAGUACGGAACCCCGACAAGGACUGUAGGAAGACGGCAGUUUGGCAAGAAGAACAACUUCGGAAACCGCUUCGGUAAUGGUCAGUUUGGUGGUGGCCAGAACGGCCAGAACAACAACAACAACAACAACAACAACAACAACAAUGGCCAGAACAACAAUGGUCAGAACAACAAUGGUCAGAACAACAACAACAAUAACAACAACAACAACGGGGGGAACAACAACCAGGCGUCGGAGACUUGUCUGGCUGCGGCUGCUCUCCAGACUGGUUCUCAGUCUACCGGCCAGAACGGUGCCCAGGCUGCAGAUGGUCAGGUCAACUCUGCUACUGACAAUGCCAACUUCAUCAACUUCUGCCAGGGCAAAACACUGACCAACGGUCUGCAAAACCGGGAUGGCUCCUGUAACGGUAUCCCAAUGGGUGAAAUCCCCUCCGCCAACCGCAUGGUCUCGACUGUCAUUCUCAACCCCAAGAACGGCGAUGAUCUCCAGCCGCUCACGACCUUCCAGAUUCAGGUCAAUGUCGCCAACAUGCAGCUCGGCGCCUUCACCAACGCCACCAGCACCUACUACUCGGCUCCCCAGACCCUCAACGGAGGCGGCCAGAUCAUUGGUCACACUCACGUCACUGUUCAAGACACUGGCAACACCUUGAACCCCACCCAGCCCCUGGAUGCCACUGUCUUUGCCUUCUUCAAGGGUAUCAACGAUGCUGGUAACGGCAACGGUCAGCUCGCCGCUGAAGUCACUGGUGGUCUCCCUACUGGCUGCUACCGUGUCUGCACCAUGUCCAGCGCUUCCAACCAUCAGCCCGUUCUGAUGCCCGUUGCCCAGCGUGGUUCCCAAGAGGACUGCCGCUACUUCUCUGUUGGUGGUGCUUGCGCCAACAACAACAACAACAACGGCGGUGGCAACAACAACAACAACAACAACAACAACAACAACAACAACAACGGUGGCAAUAACAACAACAACAACAAUGGCGGCGGCCAGGGCCAGAACAACCAGGGCCAGAACCAGGGCAACCAGGGUCAGGGUAAUCAGGGGCAGCAGAACAACCAGGGCAACCAAGGUAAUAACCAAGGCCAGAACAACCAGGGAAACCAAAAUAAUAACCAAGGCAACCAGGGCGCCGGAAAUCAGGCGGGCGGAGGUUCGGGGGCCGGAAACAACGGCAACGGCAAUAAUGGCGGCAACAAUAACAACAACGGAGGCGGUAACGCCGGUGCCGCCAUUGCCGGCAUCCAGCCCCCUCCCGUGACCGACUCUGGCAACGCGGACCGCCCGUUCGCAGUCAACGGUAACACCUUUGUGACCAGGCAGGAGGCUCAGUUCCGCGCCUGCGCCAUCCAGAACAACGCCUGCGCCGGCGCCGUCAACUCUGGCCAGGCUCCUGGUCGCACCGUCCCUGACUGCAAUGCGCAAGAAGCGGCUUGCCGAGCGGCUGCUUAAGCGUGCUUUGCGCUUGUUUCUCAGCCUGGUGCACACACACGCACACACACACCACCUCCCAACCUCCCCCUCACAGCGGUCCGCUCCUUUGGGACUUGAUCUCACGAAUUCGGUCCUGAACGACACUUGAGUUUUCGAAGUCUGUUUUUAUGGAUGAUACCCGGUUUUGUCUUGCUAGCGUCUAUGCCUGCUUGCACGCCAUGGAAUGUCGCGGAUGGAAACGUUGUGGUGGGGGAUCUGGACAAAAUUCAAGAGAAGGGAGUGUGUUGUGUUGUGUGUGUGUACCAUAUUUCUACCUUGCUUUUUUUUUUGUUGGUUAUUUUUUCUCCCCUCUUAAUUUUUGGCCGUGGCUCUGUUGGUUAUUGUUGUUGAUGAUGAUGAUUGCAGGCAGGCGGGCGUUGUGUUUUGUUGUUAUUGAGAUGGUGGAUAUGGAAGGAUGGAUGGAGGACAAUCAACACCACCCCCUAUCGCUUAGAAAAGAUCUUUCCCAUGUUUGGAGAGUCGUUUUGAAAUGUUUUUUUAUUUGGAUAUAUUUUAUUUCUCUUUUACAUUACGGAGAACAGAUGACGAAAAAUGUAAUUGUGAUGGUAGUUUAGAGAGGUGGUAGGAGAAUGUGAGCAAGCUUGAAUUCUGAGGCUACCUAGUCUGUGACUGGGAGUGGAGGAUGAAGAGCGAGUGAAUGAGCAGGAAAAGGGGGGGAUCUAACCGCGCCGCGAAUACUCAGGGGUCGGGGGGUCAGGUAGAGAAGCAAAAUGAGGCC